AUGAAGACUCUUCGGGGCAGUUCGCCGGGGACGACGUUCUGGCUGGACGGCGUGUUGGCGUCUCUGGGUGGGCGUGUAGACUUGUUGGGGAUAUCCUCCGGUGAGGAGCCUGAACUGCCCCCUGUGAUUGAAGAGCCCCUGAUAAGUAUGACUGUCGGGCCGGCCGCGCGUGCCGUGUGGUUGUAUCAAACGCAGCCGCAAAUUUGUAAGUAUGAAGGGACGGCGGCCUUGGUUCGGGACUUCAAGAGUUUGUGCCAAGACGCGUUGAUGACGGAGCCCAAGCCAGAACCAAUUUACCUUCGGCGGGUGGUUGAGGAUUAUGAGCAGUGGACCCACGCCGGCAUUUCGGAGGUACGGGGGUGGCUUGAGUCCGACGUUUGGGACUAUGGCAAGAUCAGGUGGCUCAAGCAAACUCACGCGUGGCUAGCCCACAGAGCGAUGCCUGACAGGAUCAUCCAAGGCUACCUCUUUCCAGAAGACAUGCUCCCUGCCCAGGAUGGCUCCAGUCGCAUGUUGGGGUCUCCGCCGGGUCUUGCAUGCUGGGCACACUACCUGCGUUCCGAGCAGACCAUGACUCCACAGGAACAACUCAAGACCCUUCUCGUCCUUUGCCGCUGGUACCCCUGCCUGGCUUGCCCAUCUGUUUUAGACGUUCAUGGGACGAUGCGCGUCAAUGAACAAAUCCUGUCCUCCUUAGAGCUUCUCAACCGAAGCCUGACAAUUCCGGACACUGAACUCCGAGAAAUCGCGGCGGCCGCUUUUUACGAUACCGAAGCUGCUGCGACGCCCGAAGCUGGAGCUGCCGCCACGCACGCUGCGGGUGUGUCCGGGGGCGCGGGCCAGGUAGACGAAGUGUUUCAGCAGACGGUGGCAGAUGUGGCCCAAUUCAUUUCGACUAUGAAAGAGUCUCUGAACACGUACUGGGAGCAGUUGUCUGCGGAUGCUAAUUGGAAAGGGGUUCGUCGAAGAGAUCUGAUUAAGGACAAGAUUAGGGAGGUAUGUGGAGUCCCUGCGAUUCGGGAGUGGUUGGAGAGUUUGGUGCAACGCCGGUAUGGGCAUCUGCGAGGGCGCUACCGCGAGGUGUAUACGGCCUGUGAAGGCGACUUCUUGGUAACGUAUUUUAGCGUCGCUGCUGCACGGUUUCCGGCUGCAGUAUUUCCAGUGGGGUCUGAAGUAAAAAUCCGUUCGUUCGCGGACUACCGGAAUCGUGAGUUGCGCGACCGCGCGUGGAUGGAGGAAGUGCUCGUGCGCGGUGUGACGUAUGUUUUGCGCACUCUGCAGGAGCCGGAGCCGGAGGACUUUGUGAUGAGAUUGACCAGGAACGAGAGAAUCUCAUUCUCAAUCCCGUUGCUUCAGCUGCACUAUUCGUACGCCGUUGCGGUGGACGAUCUCACAGAAAAAGUCGCCUUCGAACAAGCCAACGAAUACGCCAACCGCGCCGCCAGCAUUCUGGUGGACAUUCUCACCCGUCGAGUCACCUCUUCGCCCCGCACGCGGCGACUGCACGACGACCCGGCGGACGAACACGGCACUCGGAAUAAGCGACUUCGGUCGGAACACCCGAACCAUUAA